AUGGCUGCAACGCAAGCUGAACCCCAGCAAAAUGACGUGAAUCGGGAUAUUGUGCAUCAAGAUCAGCCUCAAAUAUCGUUAAAUAAUUCUUUCCAAAAUGGAACAGAUAAUGGAAAUUGCCGCAGUGUUAUAGGAACUGAUGUAGUCGGCAGUAAAGGUAAAAAGCCUAUACAAAGUAAUAUUUCUGUAGACAUGAGUCAAUAUCGUCAAGAAACUGGUCCCUCUAUUAACAAUAGUGAACAAAAUGUUAAUAGUUCAGAAGACAGUGGUGGUAAAAUUAAUAAUUCCGAUAAAAGUUUUCCUCAUAAUUCAGAACAAAGUGCUAGUGAAGUUAACUUUGGAAAAGGACCCCCAGACGGUCAAAACAUGCAGGGAUAUGGGUUAUCUUUCCCUCCAAGAGGGAAUUAUAUGCAUCCUGAAGCAGGUAAUCCAAUGCAUUUGCCAGGUGGUGAUUCUAUGCACCACCAAACAAAUUCUUAUGGACAUUUUAACCCUAAUAUGAGACAUUCAUAUCCUGGUGCAAAGCCGCUCCCAGUACCUACCAGACCUCCUAGUGGUGGACCUAUUUCUUCGGGUGGCUUUCCUCAUUCACAGCAACAGAGGUUUAUAACUGGACAAAGUAUAUCACCCCCAACAGGACCUACACCUACCCUUAAUCAGUUAUUACAGUCAUCUAACUCAGUGCAUCGAUAUCAGAAUAGUUAUGGUGAUUAUGCUAUGGCGAAAACCAGUGAACAGCCUCAAGGAACCAUGCCUUAUAAUCAGAAUUGGCCUCCUCCUCGAGGGCCGAUGGGACCAUAUCCUCCUCAACAACCUGGUCCUGGAUAUAGGAAUCAACCUUCAGCCGCCUUCUUGGUUAACAUUGGGCCAUUUCAUAUGUUCACCGCCCUGAUCUGGUUACCCCUUGA